GUUAUCAUUUUUACAGCAGCUGUAUACCUGUGUUGGGCUAUAGUGUGUGUAUCCGAAACCGAACAAUGCGACAUGCGUUUACAUAUUUUCCGUGAAGACAACUGUGAUAUUGCAUUGUAUACGAUUUAAAAUUUCUUCUUGUACUAUUAACAUAUAAUGUUUUGUAAAAAUAUUAAGUUCGCACUGUAGUCGUUACGUCUUGUUUUUUUUUAUCAUUUACAAAUUUAUUGUUUGUAUUAUUACCUACUUAAAAGGUUUUUUGUUUUUUUAAAUUUUUUUUUGUAAAAAUGAUGCGCCGAAGAUUGAGUUUCAUCGGCAACGAAUGCUGCAAGCCGACAAGGAUGACGGAGAGCAUUGUCGAGGAGGACAUGCAAAGGCAGAUACGUGACAGGUUCGACGAAGAAUGUCCGUACUCAUUGGUCAGGCGAAGUCCGAAAUCGAGGAAUUGCAAUUCGCAAGUAUGGCAAGUAGCCGUCAACACGGUGUCGAAAAAGAGCGAUGCGCUGAAGCACAGUGUCAGUUCAGUGUUUAGAUCCAUGAACAAACUGAGGACUGGAUUCAAAAUGGCAACACAGAAAUUGAGGCCGACAACUAGACGACGGUUUAAAUUAGACGAGUCGCCGUUAACUCCCAAUACGCCAAAAACUAGAUCUAAGUGUUUACUAGGUAGGACGCCUACUAAAAUGUAUAGCCCGUUCGCCAUCGAUACGCCUCCAUCUUUGCGUAGAAGAUUUGCUUAUCGGAGAAACCGUAACACGGAUUCUAUAAGUAAUACGUCGGUUAAUGGGAAAAGUGAAUCUAACAGUGACAAUCAAAUAAACAAUGAAAACAAGCAGCCAAAAAAUAAUUCUACGUGUAGAAACGAAAACUAUGGUAGCUUAAUAUAAGUAUUAAGAAACAUUUAUACUUCAGUAUUAUUGUGCAUUGAAUAUUUUAGACGUGCUACAGUUUUUGGCAUUACACUACUUUUAUUUUUUUUUUAAAUAUUUAAUUUUGUGUUCCUUUUUGUAUAAAAAAAAUAUAAAAAUUAGAAGGUAUCGAGAAAAAUUUACCUACAUGUUUUACUCUGUGUGCGAUUUUGAAUUUUUACAAAAUUUGUGCCUAGUAGUACUAUUUUUUUAUUUUAGUAUGUACGCGACAUAAUUUUUUAUU